AUGCUCCUGCAGGAACAGACUUACAUGGCAUGGCGAACUGGCAAGGUGCUCAGUCUGACCAGCUUCGAUAUCAAAGGCGCGUACAACGGGGUCUGCAAAGAGCGAGUGCUGGAGAGGAUGAAGCGAGGGGGAUACCAGAUAGACUGGUGGAUUGGAUGGAUGCGUUCUGCUCCGGGACGGACGGCCUCAGUGGUAGUGAACGGGCACACGUCCGAGCAACGAGUCUUGCCCCAAGCAGGUCUGCCGCAAGGAUCACCACUGUCGCCAAUUGCGUUCCUGUUCUUCAACGCAGACUUGGUGCAGAGACGCAUCAAUGCCAAAGGCGGCGUGAUCGCGUUGGUGGACGACUACUGUCAGAACCUUGAUGAGGUUCUCGUCGGAUAG